AUGCCGCGGUUAAGCAAGAUGACGAUAGUGGUGGUUCUUAGCUUGGCUGUCAACCUGUACUUGCUCUGCACGGUAGACAUAGAUGUCGAAACACUUCCGAAAUUCCGGGAAGCCCCGGAGAGCCGAUACAACGAAGAACAGUCGCCGUAUCUUCUACUCACAGGCCUAGAGUGGGACGAAAAUGAGCAAUCGUAUGUAAAUUCUCUUACAAUGCCCCCUGAAGAAAUUAUCAAGGUCAUGGAAAAAACGAGUAGAAAUCUCCCCAUCGCUUUUAUUGAACGCAAUCGGGAUAAGGUUUACCACAAACCAUUUGUCAAUUUUGGUUUGAUGAACAAGAAACGCCGGUCUUCAGUGAUGCCUCAUAUAGCUACAUUUGGAACAAGCGAUGGAACCUCCAUAAUGUACGUGACUUGGAGCCUUACCUUAUUACAUGCAGCGUUCCUAAGUUUCAUCGCCACCUCAUUCCACAAGCUGUCACCCUCGUCCAGUCCACAUGUGAUUUUGCUUCUAACAGCCAUGCGAGUCAUUUACAACCCUCCAGAAAACGAGACUCAGCAAGGAGAUUUUGCCGUUUGUGUCAAGGGAUUCGACUUUUAUUUCCAAGACAACACGAAGCGCCUCGUCGAGUGGCUCGAGCUUCUUUCCGCACUGGGAGCUCACAAAGUAUUUUAUUACAGCCUCGGUAUGAAUGCCAAAAUGGAGAAAAUGAUGAAGUACUACGAGGAUAAAGGCUUCGUCGAAGUUAUCCCGACAACUUUACCCGCCUCGCAGCCGAACAUUCCUGGUCUUUUCUUCAAAUACGUUUUUUCUAGAGACAAGUUCCAGCACGAAGUUAUACAGCUCAACGACUGCUACUACAGAAAUUUAUACCGAUAUAAAUAUACAGUCCAUCUUGACACCGAUGAAGUUAUCGUUCCCCGCUUCGCACUUACCUGGCAACACUUGAUGCAAACAGUAACGAAAAAGAGUGCCAAAGAUAACCUACCUUACGUGUCCUAUUGCGCCAGACAUACGUAUUAUAUGGAUCAUAUGCGUCCCUCCCAAGAAUGGCUAAAAGAUGUACCCUCUCACCUGCACAUGUUACAACAUGUUAUACGCUCUGCUAAUUACAGUGGAAUUAAAUAUAGCGUCAAGUGUUUCCAUAGCACAGCGGGUGGCCUACACUUGCACAACCAUUAUCCUUUGCUUGCCCUAGGCAAAACGUUUCCCUACGCUUACAAUAUCCCAACUCAUGACGCGCAGUUGAAUCAUUACCGCCAGAAUUGCCAUGAUUAUGUUAUGAACUGUUAUGAAACAUUCACACGGUAUACAGUUAUUGAUCCCGUUGUCUGGAAAUACAAAGAUAAACUUAUCACAGAAGUUAAUAAAACCUUCUCUUAUUUAGGCUACUGGUAAGACAUAUGGGAAAAUGUUUUUAAAAAAUACUAUUUUUGUUUGUUUACAUGAUUUGUCAGUAGGAUAGGCAAAAUA